GAGUGGCUGGGCGGUCAUGGUCAACAUAGUUGGCCCGGUAGGUAAGCGACGCAACCCCGCACUUAAACCUUUUGGGUGUUUCUUCUUAUCUUAAGCCGUGACAACCAAAUCUGAAUCCCUUGAAAACAAAACAAAGGGUCCUCCACUCCAGCGGCCACCUCUAAGUCAUAAUAUCAUAUUCCUCUUCCUUUUUACUGGUGUGGGUUGGUUAUUCUCUUCCUGGGUCCCACGAGAACCGUCGUAGGUUAGCCAAAGCCAGAAAAUGAUCAUCAACGUUAAGGAGUCCACGAUGGUGCGGCCAAGUGGUGAGACCCCCCGGCACGCGCUGUGGAACGCGAACGUCGACCUGGUAGUGCCGCGCUUCCACACCCCGAGCGUCUACUUCUACAUUCCAACUGCGGGUGCAUCCAACUUCUUCGACGCAGGGGUGCUCAAGGAGGGGCUCAGCAAGGCCCUUGUCCCCUUCUACCCCAUGGCCGGCCGACUCAGAAGAGACGAAGAUGGUAGGAUCGAGAUUGAUUGUAACGCCGAGGGUGUGCUCUUCGUGGAGGCCGAAACUACCUCCGUCGUCGCUGAUUUCGGCGAUUUUGCGCCGACGUUGGAGCUUCGGCAGCUCAUUCCGACGGUGGAUUAUUCCAAAGGGAUUGAGUCUUAUCCCCUCUUGGUCUUGCAGGUAACAUAUUUUAAGUGUGGUGGGGUCUCGCUUGGUGUUGGUAUGCAGCACCAUGUCGCGGAUGGAUUUUCUGGUCUCCACUUUGUGAACACAUGGUCAGAUAUGGCUCGGGGUCUUGAUCUUACCGUUCCACCAUUCAUUGACCGGACCCUACUCCGUGCCCGGGACCCUCCUCAACAUGCAUUCCAGCACAUUGAAUACCAGCCUCCUCCUCCAAUGAAAUUGCCUGUUCAACCCACAAAACCAGGUAAUGAUAGUGCAUUGGUAUCAAUUUUCAAAAUAACUCGGGACCAACUGAACAAGCUCAAAGCCAAGUCCAAAGAAGAUGGCAACACAAUCAACUACAGCUCAUAUGAGAUGUUGUCAGGUCAUGUGUGGAGAUGCACGUGCAAGGCACGUGCACUUCCCGAUGAUCAAGAGACCAAAUUGUACAUUGCAACUGAUGGUCGGUCCAGAUUGAAUCCCCCACUCCCUACUGGUUACUUUGGCAACGUGAUCUUCACCGCCACUCCAAUGGCUUUAGCAGGCGAUCUCCAAUCUAAACCAACAUGGUAUGCUGCUAGCAGGAUUCACGAUGCAUUGGCACGGAUGGACGAUGAUUAUUUGAGAUCGGCCCUUGACUAUCUGGAGCUUCAGCCUGAUCUAUCUCGCCUUGUUCGUGGGGCUCAUACUUUUAGAUGUCCAAAUCUUGGUAUAACUAGUUGGAGCAGGCUGCCAAUCCAUGAUGCUGAUUUUGGAUGGGGUAGGCCAAUAUUCAUGGGACCUGGCGGGAUACCAUACGAGGGGUUAUCAUUUAUGUUACCAAGCCCAACUAAUGAUGGUAGCUUGUCAGUAGCCAUCGCACUGCAACCUGAACAUAUGAAAGUGUUUCAGGAGUUAUUCUAUCAAAUUUGAGGGAACGAAACGCAUGAGGAACUCAUCCAAGCCGAAUUCUGGCGUUCUUCGGUUUACCAAAAUUUUUCCUCAGGUGUUUUUUUAAAAAAAAAAAAAAAAAAAAUUUCCCUAAUGCUUUUUCCAUUCAUAAUUUGUUGUCAGUGAGACUUAUUAAGCUGAAAUCUGAUGUUUUUAAGCUGAAAUGGUCUUUGACACAAAUGCAUUCUUAUCACAUAUUGAAUUUA